AUUCAAGAUUAUGGCUUUCGACUACGACUUGAAAAGUGUACCUUUUUCACAGAAAAGAUCAAUUAUCUUGGUUACGUCAUUGAUGGGCAAGGAUUACAUCCAGAUCCGAAAAAAGUUUCUGCUAUCAUAGAUAUGCCAGCUCCAAAUAAUUUAAAUACCUUACGGUCUUUCUUGAAAGCAGUUAAUAAUUAUUCUCGAUUUAUUCCCAAUAUGCACAUUUUGCGACGUCCGUUGGACAAUUUGCUUAAAAAGGAUGUACCGUGGUCAUGGUCUUCACGUUGUCAGAAGUCUUUCGAACAAUUCAAGAAGAUUUUGACAUCUAAUCUGUUGCUCACUCAUUACAAUCCAAAGUAUGAAAUUAUUGUGGCAGCAGAUGCUUCAAACGAAGGUCUGGGAGCUUGCAUUUUACAUCGUUUUCUAGAUCAAACAAUCAAAGCAGUCAGUCAUGCUGCUAGAAGUCUUACUUCUGUGGAACAGAAUUACAGUCAAAUUGAAAAAGAAGCUUUAGCAAUUAUGUUUGCCAUUACGAAAUUUCAUCGAAUGAUUUUUGGAAGGCAUUUUACUUUACAAACGGAUCACAAACCGUUAUUACAAAUUUUUGGAAACAAAAAGGGGAUUUCUGUUCAUUCAGCGAAUCGUUUGCAGCGAUGGGUUUUGCAGUUACUGUCUUACAAUUUUUAGAUCAAGUACAUUAAAACUACAGAAUUUGGACAUGCUGAUGUGUUGUCCAGGCUCAUUGAUCAGCAGAAUCGCCCUGAAGAGGAUUUUGUUAUUGCUUCUAUUCAAUUGGAGAAUGAUUUAUCUUUGUCUUUGCAAGAGUCAUUACAAACGGGGCCAGUUGCGCCGAUUACCUUUCAGCAGAUUCAAGAGGCAACUAAGAAGAGUGAUAUUCUUCAGAAAGUAAUUAAAUAUACUCUUACCUCAUGGCCUCAGACUGUAGAAGAGUUGUUUUUGCAGCCUUAUUUUUGUAGACGCCAUUCAUUGUCGGUAGUCCAAGGCUGUCUUUCUUUCAAUAACAGAAUCGUGGUGCCGUCUUGUUUUCGUUCACGGGUUCUUCGACAGAUUCACAAGGGUCAUCCUGGAAUAGAACGAAUGAAGAUUUUGGCACGUUCAUAUGUAUAUUGGCCGAAAAUAGAUGCGGACAUUGAACAAUUUGUUAAGCGUUGCAGAAAUUGUGCACUCACCGCAAAGGCUCCUGUUAAGGUUCCUUUAUGUAGCUAGACUCAGUCAGCAGCACCUUGGCAGAGAGUGCAUAUUGAUUAUGCCGGUCCAUUAAAUGGAGAAUACUUUUUCGUUCUGGUGGACGCUUACUCCAAAUGGCCAGAAGUCAUACCGACACAGUCAAUUUCUGCACAGCGAACAAUUAGUAUACUUCAAAGUAUUUUUGCUCGCUUCGGCAUACCUGAAACAAUUGUUUCAGAUAAUGGAACUCAGUUCAGAGAGUUUCAAUCUUAUUGUUUAUUAAAUAGAAUACAACAUUUAAGCUCACCUUUUCAUCCUAGCUCAAAUGGGCAGGCUGAGCGUUUCGUGGAUACUUUCAAGCGUGGACUUGCUAAACUACAAGCUGGGGAAAAUAGUAGCAACCUUUCGUCAAUGGAUUUUCUUUCUGUUUUCCUACAGUGUUAUAGGUCUAUUCCAAAUCCAAAUGUUCCUAAC